GGCGGGGCCAAUGCUGCUCCGGUUUCUCGCGCGCUUGGCGCUGUGGCGGGUGCGGGCGGCGACUGCUUGCGCAAGUCAGCUUGCCUGGGAAACAGGGCUUUGUGGCAGAAAGCGACUUGCUACAAAGACUCCGCUGGCAUUUGCGGUUCGGGCGACUGAACCUGCGUAAGAUAGCCACUUUACUCCCGCGUUGCAGAUAGCCUUCUCCAGAAGUGCUGCGGGCUUUCAGCGCUUUCCAGGAGCUAUGCCUCGGGGACGGAAGAGUCGGCGCCGCCGGAACGCAAAGGCAGCAGAAGAGAAUCGCAACAAUCGCAAGAUCCAGGCCUCAGAGGCCUCUGAGACCCCGAUGGCGGCUUCUGUGGUCUCCAGCACACCGGAAGAAUACCUGAGCGGCCCAGAGGAAGACACAAGCACUCCAGAGAAGGCCUCCACUACUCCUGAGGAAGCAUCGAGCACUGCCCUAGUGAAAAAGCCUAUUACACGGAGCAGUUUUCAGGGCACCAAGAAAAGUCUCCUAAUGUCCAUAUUAGCCCUCAUCUUCAUCAUGGGCAACAGUGCCAAGGAAGCCCUGGUGUGGAAAGUGCUGGGGAAGUUAGGGAUGCAGCCUGGGAGGCAGCACAGCAUCUUUGGAGAUCCUAAGAAGGUCGUUACAGAAGAGUUUGUGCGCAGAGGGUAUCUGCUUUAUAAGCCAGUGCCCCGCAGCAGCCCAGUGGAGUAUGAGUUCUUCUGGGGCCCUCGAGCACACGUGGAAUCCAGCAAGCUGAAAGUCAUGCAUUUUGUGGCAAGAGUUCGGAACCGAUGCUCCAAAGACUGGCCAUGUAACUAUGACUGGGAUUCAGAUGAUGAUGCAGAGGUUGAGGCUAUUCUCAAUUCAGGUGCUAGGGGUUAUUCCACUGCAUAGAGAGGUCCCAGGCAGACCCUUAGGAAUGGAAAGGAGAAUCCAAAGUACUCCAUCGAGUAGAUAGGCAGGGUCCUCAAUACAAAAUGAUGUAUGUGGAGGGUGGGGAGGGCACCGUAUUUGGUAUUCGUGAUCAGUGCUAAUUGUUAUACUGCGAAAUAGUGUUUGCUUUAGAUAUUGUACUCUUGUAUUCAUUUUAUAACACUGUUGAUUAAGAAUCACAAUAUGUUUAAAUAUAUAAUUGAGAAGGUGUUUAUGUUAUUUUUACUGUCGUUGACAUUUGGUACAACAGCUGUGUUAACCUUAUUAAAUGAAGGCCUUCUGUCGUGUUGUGUGAUGUACGGAAAGUGUACCACUGAAAGAGGCUGUUCUUUGAAAGUUUGGAAUAACCAGUACAAUGGUAAAUGGAGGAAGAUAAUAGAUUUGUUCUGUUUUUCCCUUGUGUCUGGUGUCUUGUAAAGAGACAUCUGUGAAUAUGCUUACUGCGCAAAUAGCAUAAAUAAAAGCAUAGUGAAUAGUA